AGACUGAAGCAGAGCAUGUACGAGUGGGGGAGAGCUCUGCUCCCACACACAGUAGCAGUGGACACUCACAGUGCAACAGCAAAGGGGAGUGGUCGCAGUGCAGACUGCACUGACUUCCCUGGGCCUGCCCCUCGCACACACUGACACAAGUUGUGGGACAACCUCACAUCAAGAGCCAACUAUGUUUGGGUUGUGAAUGGGAUCACGUUCAUUCUCAGUAAAACCCAUAAACUGGACCAACCACCUCAAAGCCACAGUUAACACCUGGAUGGAAGGCUGGGAAUCUGGAGGCGUGGGAUUUGGGAUUGUCUGCACCGUUUCCCAGUUAGGCAUCCAGCACCGACUUAUCUCGGCAGUGCUGCUGAGAUGGUGAGAUAUCAUUCCUCCCGCCACUGCCUGGAGCCUGACACGACGGGGGCAAUCGGCCACCACCUCACCCUCCUAGCCCCGUGACCGGCCAUGGCCAACCUCCUGGCCGCCCUGAACUGCAGCCAAAACUGCAGCCUCCAGCCCCCGGACCAUCUGGCCUCUGCAUUUGCCCACCCGGUCCAUCUCUUCCCCGUCCCCAUCCUGACCACGGUGACCACCCUCUGCGUCCUGCUGGCGACGGUCGGAAUUGCAGGCAACCUCCUGACCAUGGUGGUGGUGUUGAAGUACAAGGAGAUGCGGACCACCACCAACUUGUACCUGUCCAGCAUGGCCCUCUCGGACCUCUUCAUCUUUGCCUGCAUGCCCCUGGACCUGUACCGCGUGUGGAAGGAGAGGCCCUGGAUAUUCGGGGACUUGCUCUGCAAGCUCUUCCAGUUCGUCAGCGAGAGCUGCACCUACUCCACCAUCCUGAGCAUCACCGCCCUGAGCGUGGAGAGGUACUUUGCCAUCUGCUUCCCCCUCAGGGCCAAGACCGUCAUCACCAAGAGCCGCGUCAAGGUGGUCAUCUGCCUCCUCUGGACCCUGGCGCUGGCCUGCGCCGCCCCCAUCUUCAUCCUGGUCAGCGUGCGCUACCAGAACGGGACCGACCCCCUCCUGACCAGCGAGUGCACGCCCACGGAGUUCGCCCACACCUCCGGCCUGCUCAACGUCAUGCUGUGGGUCUCCACCGCCUACUUCUUCCUGCCUGUCUUCUGCCUCUCCGUCUUCUACAGUCUGAUCGGCAGGAAGCUGUGGAGGCGGGGGAGGGAGGCUAUCACACCCAACUUUAGUCACAGGGAGAAGAGUCACAAGCAGACGGUGAAGAUGCUGGCUGUGGUCAUCUUUGCCUUUGUCCUCUGCUGGCUGCCGUUCCACAUCGGUCGUUACCUCUUCUCCAAGGCCUUCGAGGAAUGGACGGAGCAGAUGUACCUGAUCAGCCAGUACUGCAACCUGGUGUCCUGUGUCCUCUUCUACCUGAGCGCUGCCAUCAACCCCAUCCUCUACAACAUCAUGUCCAAGAAAUACAGGGUGGCUGCCUUCAAGCUUCUCCGCAUCAACCAGGACCCGAGGAGGACUCCGUCCAAGGUCAAGGAGCACAGCUGCACUGAGUCCUCGGUCAGCACUUGACCCUAGAUGUCCACGGGCAAGGGUGGCCGCAAUGCCCGCACACAUCUCCGCAUCUCUGGACGUCAACAGAGGCAGACUUGGUGAGAUGGGCCAAGAGUCUGGUAGUCGCCCAUGUAAGGAUGGACGUGUCUGGUACUAGAUCAUGACCAUAAGACAUAGGAGCAGAAUUAGACCAAUUGGCCCAUCAAGUCUAUUCCGCCAUUCGAUCAUAAGGCAUAGGAGCAGAAUUAGGCCAUUCAGUCCAUUAAGUCUGUUCCACCAUUCAAUUCUGCUUGAACUAUUUUUCCCCUCUCAACCCCAUUUUCCUGCCCUCUCCCCGUAAUCUUGGACACCCGCAUAGGGACAGCUUGAUCUUGCAGCAUUGCAUGGAUAACAGCAAGAACUCAUGAUCUUGACCUGCUCGUUUCAUCUCACCUAUCAAGACCAGUAGUGGCACAGUGUUGCAGCAGUAGAGUUGUUGCCUCACACAGCCAGAGACCAAGUCCCAGCAAAGUCCUCGCAAAUCAUUUCUGCACCCUCUCUAGAUUAAUCUCACCCUUCCUACAGCAUAGAACUGCAUACCUUACACUAAGUGUUGUCGGAACAAUAUUUGGACAACUGUCCAAAUAAAUAAAAAUAAAAAAUAAAA